UGUACUCACUCAACCCACAGACGAAGGGGGAGCCCAUGCCUUUUCCGAUUGUCCCUUUGCGCACCACACACAGACACAUGCACAAAAUGAGUCUGUCGUGGAGAAUGGUCUCGGCUUGCUUCUAUUUUUUGCUGCUGUUCGAUAUUUGGCAGCGGGGUUCGACUUUUGAAUUGACGCUCCUGCACACCAACGACAACCACGCGCGCAUCGAGGAGACCAGCGUAGACUCUGGGAAGUGUCAAGCCGGGGGUCGCUGCUUUGCAGGGGUGGCGCGACGCUUCAGUAAGGUGUUCCAAAUCCGCAAAGAGGAGAAGAAUGUCUUACUACUAGACGCCGGAGAUCAGUUCCAAGGAACCAUUUGGUUUAAUUUCUACAAAGGCGCAGAAGCGGCUUACUUCAUGAACAAACUUGGUUAUGAUGUGAUGGCUUUUGGGAAUCACGAGUUCGACAAUGGAGUAGAGGGUCUUAUCGCCCCUUUCCUGCAAAAUCUGAAUUGCUCAAUGGUGAGUUCCAACAUCAAAACGGACCAAAUUCUUGCGGCCAACUUCAGCCGCUACUACCGACCUCACGCGGUCCUCAGCGUGGGUUCGGAGAAGGUGGCCGUGGUGGGCUACACCACCUUUGAGACCCCCAUCUUGUCGAGGCCAGGACCGCACUUGAAGUUUGAGGACGAGGUAACAUCCCUGCAGGUGGAAGUUGACAAACUGCACACACUCGGCUACAACAAGAUCAUCGCCCUGGGGCACUCCGGCUUUGACAUGGAUAAAAAAAUUGCUAAACGAGUCAGAGGGAUCGACGUAGUUAUUGGCGGACACACCAACACAUUUCUUUACUCUGGACCCGCUCCAUCUACUGAAGUGCCAGCAGGUCCGUAUCCAUUCAUGGUGAGGUCAGAUGAUGGCAGAGAUGUGCCAGUGGUCCAAGCAUAUGCUUUUGGAAAAUACCUGGGCUACCUGAAGGUUACUUUUGACCAGACAGGAAAUGUUGUCCAAGCAGUUGGAAACCCGAUCCUGUUGGACAGUAGCAUACCUCAAGAUCCCAACAUCCUUGCUGAUGUCAAGAAGUGGAGGGAGCAGCUGGCUCAGUACUCGAAAGAAUAUGUCGGCCAGACAUUAGUGUACCUCAAUGGGUCUUUUGAGGAGUGUCGUUUUCGAGAAUGCAACCUUGGAAACUUGAUUUGUGACGCUAUGGUCUACCACAAUUUAAAAUACUCAAAUGAGUUGCAGUGGAAUCAUGUGGGCGCUUGCAUUUUGAACAGCGGAUCCAUUCGCACAGCAAUAGAUGAGCGUUACAAAAAUGGUAGCAUCACAAUGGAGGAGAUCCUCACCGUCUUACCAUUUCAACAAAGUGUGGACUUGAUUCAGAUAAAGGGAUCAACCAUGAAAAACGCUUUUGAACACUCAGUUCACAGAUAUGGGGGCAUGCACGGAGAAUUCCUGCAAGUGUCAGGCAUCCAUGUGGUGUAUGACCUGUCCAAGCCGGUAAACCAGCGGGUUGUAUCCUUAUCUGUGCUCUGCACCCAGUGCAGAGUGCCCAAGUACGAACCACUGGACCUGGAGAAGACGUACACUGUGGUCAUGCCUUCCUACUUGGUGGGGGGAGGCGACGGCUUCGCCAUGUUCAAGGAGGAGAUGCUGAAGCAUAAUACAGGUGAUAUGGACGUUUCAGUUUUGUCCAAAUACAUCUCUGACAUGAAACACGUCUACCCAGCCGUGGAAGGUCGAAUCAAGUUCAGCUCUGCCGCAUUUUUGGCCCAAAGCCUGACCCUGCUAUUGUUGAGUUUAGGCCUAUCGCUGACACUCUGAUUGUGACACUAUGAUGAGAAAAUCCCUGCAGAUUUGUUCUCAGAGGAGAUUCAAUCACCAGCAAGAAAUUCCCUGUGAAUAUGAAAAUAUUCAAUAAGGUAAUAUUUUUUUCGUAUACUCAAAGUAUAGUGUUUUUUGUUUGUUUUUUUGUGGAGAAAAAAAUGUUUACACAUCUUUAGUGCCUGCCUGAUACUAGUUUGCACAUACAUUAUCACCUUCUUAAUAUGUGCUGCAGAAAAGUAAAAUAAAAGUUAUAUUAGGACAAAGGGACACUUUGUGUAUUGUACUAGUCUAAAUGGAUUUUAACAUAGCCCUGAAUGUAUUAUUGUAGCAUUCGUUCAUUUAGUCUGACUUUGCUUUGCUCUGAGCACAUUUAUGCACAAUGUAUUUUAAUACUUCUAAUAUUUGCUGCACUGUGUGGUGUUAUUGUAUUGCCACAAUUGUCUGAAAGCAAUUUUCCAAAAAUGUGCAAAGCGUUGUUGCCAUUGUAACCGACUAUUUUAUAGCGUUUACCUCUCAAGUCUUCAUUUCAACAUCACAGUAAAUAGAACGGCAAGUAUUGAAUUUUAUGAAUAAACAGCAAUUUGAUCUUAA